AUGAGCUACGAUGAUACUCCGGAAUUUGUAAAGCAUCAAGGGAGACCUCCCAGCGACACUCCGAUGACCGAGUUUGAGAAGAAGUACAUGGCGAAUGCGUCGGAAGUCCCCGCAACUUAUGAGCCCGAGAAGCAGCAGAAGAUUUUGAUGCUGAUUGUCGUUCAGAAAGGCACCAAGUUGGCCACGUACAGCCAAGCCCUCUCCUCUAUGGAAUGCUACGCGAAAAGACAGGGAUACGAUUAUCGAUUGGUGGAGGACAAGGAAUAUCCGAUGUGCAAGCAGAAGGAUUUCAUGUUCCGCCGUCACUGCAUCGUCCUCCAAUUCUUGCCCGACUACGAUUUCCUCGUAUUUUUGGAUGGAGACAUGGCCGUCGUCAAUCCAGAUAGGCGCUAUGAGGAAUGGAUAGACCCGAACGCCGAUCUGACCCUCUACGAGCGGAUCGGGAAUUGGGAAUUCGCGGCCGGGAGUUAUAUAGCCAGGAAUUGCGACUGGACCAAGGAGUUUUUGAGACUAUUUGCCGACUACGAGACCCAAAUUCCGAGGAGCUUCCACGGGACGGACAACGGGGCUUUGCACAUUUUCAUCGCCGAAAUGUUAUACCCGGAUUUGCAUGAGGAUUUAAAAACUUGCUGGGAAAUCUACCGAAAAUCACGCAACUACGAGACGCUUUUCAUCUAUGAAGCCUGUGUGCGGAACGUCAUGGGAUUCCGGCGGAACGUCGAGCACCUGAAGAUUAUGCCAAAGGGCACCUCCUGGGUGCGGGACAUCUGGCUGACAGACUCGCGGUGGAGCCGCGAGCACGACUUCAUGCUCCACGCCCUCCAGCAGCAGAGGAGACUCGCCUUCAACUCGAAUAUGGUGGACCGGGCAAAUAUGGGCUCCAAGCAUCUCCAUUACUACGACCCGUUCCUGCCGAAUGCAAACUGGACCGGAUGCGCCGACCCGGAGUUUAAGUGGCCGCUCGAUGAGCGGUUGAUCGUCGCGAACGAAGUGAUCACCUCCACCCUCCAGCGCCUCAAAAAGCAGACCGAAAAGGAGCGCUGGAAAAUGGCGGGCAAGGUGGAAAAAUGGGUAUAU